AUGAUGCAGCAUUCGUCCUGGAGACGAUGCCUUCGUCGUAGCCUGAUACGCCUCCAUUGUGUGAAUCCCAGCUUCCCUAUCCGACCGGCUUCGACGGAAUUGACUCCGCCAGCCUGGUGGCUGAAGGGCCAGCCUCGGAAGGUCUUUGGAAGCAGGGCUGAGGUAGAGCUCCUCUCGCAGCUGGCAGUGCUGCUCAUGCCGGGUGAGCCCAUUGCCAAGGCUUUCAGGGAUUUCCCGGUCAAGAAAUGCAAGGAGUGGGGUUCCAGCAACUUGUGCCCGGACUUCACAGCGCAUGGCGUGCUGAAAGCAGCUAGUGCAGCACUGUUCAUCGAGUACGAUGGCCAUUACCGUCACAGGCAGCCACCGGGCUUGGCAACAGACAUUCGCAAGACAAGUGCCCUUCUGCGAUUCGCUCCUGCCGGAUCUGUCGUGGUUCGAAUCGUGCACAAGGAGCGACAGUGGAAGGAUGGGUCUGUGCAAGUGCUGGUAGAUUGCUGGCAGGCCGGGCAUGCACCCUCCCUCCGCAAGACUCUGCAGCAAGUUCUGGAUUCUCUGCUUUUGUGCUGUCGGCAUCAACUGGUCCCUGGGCUCGCUUCACGGCUGGAGGCAUGUGCCCAAAUGCAACUUGACAAGCACGCAAGAGCCUUUGCAGUGGACGCAGCAUUGGUGGGUAAGUCUGACAACAACGGGCUAGACGUUCGAGAGUUUCUCCAGACGGAACUGCACCUAUCCGCAGAACAGGUUGCCAAGUCGAUUGACCGGUAUCCUGCACUGCUUGGCUUGAGCGAGGCAUCCUUUCAGCCAACUGUUGAGUGGAUGGAGGGUUUGGGCCUGAGCCAAUUACAGAUGGCCACGGCAAUAUGGAAAUAUCCAAACGUGUUUGGCCACAGAAUUGAGACAAAUCUGCAGCCAACAGUUGCAUGGAUCAAGGGGCUUGGCCUGAGCCGGUCGCAGGUUGCCAAGGUGAUCGCAAAAUUUCCGUGUAUGCUUGGUUACAGCAUUGAGGCAAAUCUGAAGCCAACAGUCGAGUGGAUCAAGGGGCUGGGCCUGAGCCAGCCGCAGGUUGCCAAGGUGAUACAGAGAUUUCCGCAAGUGCUUGGCUGCAGCAUUGAGGCAAAUCUGAAGCCAACGGUCGGGUGGAUCAAGGGGUUGGGCCUGAGCCAGCCGCAGGUUGCCAAGGUGGUUCUCGAACAUCCGCAAGUGCUUGGCUUGAGCAUUGAGGCAAAUCUGAAGCCAACAGCUGAGUGGAUCAAGGGGUUGGGCCUGAGCCAGUCGCAGGUUGCCAAGGUGAUUCUCGGACGUCCGCAAGUGCUUGGCUAUAGCAUUGAGGCAAAUCUGAAGCCAACAGUUGAGUGGAUCAAGGGGUUGGGCCUGAGCCAGCCGCAGGUUGCCAGGAUGAUCGCAACGUUUCCGCAUGUGCUUGGCUACAGCAUUGAGGCGAAUCUGAAGCCAACAUUCGAGUGGAUCAAGGGGCUGGGCCUGAGCAACUCGCGGGUUGCCAAGAUGAUCGCCAUGUUUCCGCAAGUGCUUGGUUAUAGCAUUGAUUCGAACUUGAAGUUGAAACAUGGUUUGCUACAAGAGUUCUUCACCGGAGAAGCUGCAGCAGAGCUUUUGGCACGAGCACCUCGGCUCUGGAGCUACCGGUACGCUCGGCUCGAACGUCGUCUGCAUGUGCUAAAAUCGCAAGGGCAGCUUUCCAAGCUUUCCGGUGCCAUGACUUUGGGGCCGGACGACUUCAGCCGCAGAUUCGCGCUUUGCCAGAAACGUGGUAACUGGACGUUGGCUUUGGCUCUGCUGCAGCAUAUGCAGGAGGCAUCGACUGCCAACGAGAUCGCAUUUAGCACCGCCAUCAAUGCGUGCGCGAAGGGCGCAGCCUGGGAACCAGCCGUGGCGCUGCUGGGCGAGAUGGAUGCAAAGGACAUCCGGAGAGACAACGUGGCCUUCAAUGCGACGAUUACAGCCUGUGAGAAGGGCGGCCGAUGGCAGAGCGCAGUGGCCGUGGCGGAGGAGAUGGCAUCAGCCAAGCUGCCGAAGGAUGUUGUCACCUACAGCGCGCUGAUCACCGCCUUAGAGAAGGGGGACCAGUGGGCGAAUGCAUUGGACCUGCUACAGCGGAUGAAGCUAGCAAGGGUCCAUCCGAAUGUGAUCAGCUUCAGCGCUGCUGCCAGCGCAGCAGCAAGGGGUUCGCAGUGGGCCUCCGCGCUGGACCUCCUCGAAGAGAUGCGGACGAAGGCCGUUGAGUUCGGGGCGGUGUCCUACAACACCGCCUUGGCCGCUUGUGGGGCCGCAUCGCAGUGGGAGGAGAUGCUGAACCUGCUGAAGGAAAUGCUCCACGGCGCUGUGGAGCCCGAUGAUUUCGCUUCCUCCGUGCUCCUGGCGGAG